GUCACACCUUCUGCCCUCCACGCAUUCACUCAAGGCAGGUUCUCACUGGUACCUGGUGGCUGCUUCAGGAGAUAAGGCCGGCCUCAUCAGACAACGGACCGUGUACAAGGAGAAGCUUUUCCAGCCUUCUUUUUCCAUCGAACUGUGGGAAUAUAAUGGCAAGCAGCUUCGCCAGGAUUUUGUCCUCUAAGAGGAAUGUGGGCAUCCUGUCUCUGGUGGGUGCUGGCUCUCUUACGGUGGGUUUCCUCCUGAACAGAGAGCAGCAUGUCAGCGCAGGGGCGCAGGUCCGGAGAGUGUAUCCUCCCAGUGCAGAAUAUCCAGAUUUACGAAAACACAACAACUGCAUGGCCAGUCACCUGACACCUGCCGUGUAUGCCAAGCUGUGUGACAAAGCCACUCCAAAUGGAUACACACUGGACCAAGCCAUUCAGACUGGCGUGGACAACCCAGGCCAUCCCUUCAUCAAGACUGUAGGAAUGGUGGCGGGAGAUGAGGAAACGUACGAGGUGUUUGCUGAUCUUUUUGACCCUGUCAUCAUGGAGAGACACAACGGAUAUGACCCACGCAAGAUGAAACAUCCCACUGACCUUGACGCCAGCAAGAUACGGUCCGGCCUGUUUGAUGAAAAGUAUGUACUGUCGUCACGUGUGCGGACGGGCCGCAGUAUACGGGGCCUGAGUCUGCCUCCAGCAUGCACACGAGCGGAGCGCAGGGAGGUGGAGCGGGUUGUCAUCAACGCUCUGGGUGGCCUGCAGGGUGACCUAGCAGGAAAAUACUACAGCCUUACACAGAUGACUGAAGAGGAGCAGCAGCAGCUCAUUGAUGAUCAUUUCCUGUUUGAUAAGCCUGUGUCACCGCUUCUGACGUGUGCAGGAAUGGCACGAGAUUGGCCUGAUGCCAGGGGCAUCUGGCACAAUAAUGAGAAAACGUUCCUGGUGUGGGUGAAUGAGGAGGACCACACUCGGGUGAUCUCCAUGGAGAAAGGAGGCAACAUGAAGAGGGUCUUUGAGCGUUUCUGCAGGGGCCUCCAAGAGGUUGAAAGGCUGAUUCAGGAGAAAGGCUGGGAAUUCAUGUGGAACGAGCGCUUGGGUUACGUCCUCACCUGCCCGUCCAAUCUGGGCACAGGGUUGCGUGCUGGCGUCCAUAUUACACUACCUCGCCUCAGUAAGGACCCUCGCUUCCCCAAGAUCCUUGAUAACCUGCGGCUGCAAAAAAGAGGCACUGGAGGAGUGGACACAGCAGCCGUGGGCAGCACUUUUGACAUCUCCAAUCUGGACAGGCUUGGCCAGUCAGAGGUUCAGUUGGUUCAGACGGUCAUUGAUGGUGUGAACUACUUGAUUGAGUGUGAGAAGAGGCUGGAGAAAGGCCAAGACAUCAAGAUCCCUGCCGCCAUCAGCCAGUUUAAGUAGACUGAACAUAACCUCAUCCCUACUCUACUCCUCCCCAUAAUGACAUACUGAAAUUAUGGUACUCUAAAAUCCAUCCCAUGCAGCAUGCCAUUUGUGUGUUGUGUCUUUGCAGCUCCACUCCUGUUGUACAAACAGAGUGAAUGUACUUUACUUCAUGAUUGUGUUCAUGUGGCAUUAUACUUCUGUCACAUAGUACUGUCACUAAAACUGAUUGUGUUGCAAUAAAGGUCUUAUAACCAUUGCUGAGAA